GGUGAGGUUUCACUGUUUAAAAUCAUCGUGAUAGUAAAAACCAAUGAGACGGGGAGAUUGUGGAAAUUUGGCAGCCGAAACUUGAAGGCCAGUUCUCUUUCGAGCGUAAGAUGAAGUCAGGUUGAAUGGGAGUCAUCAAAACACAUUUUGUUCCUACGUCCUGAAGUUUUUUCAUCUGCGCCGGCUUUAGGACGAGUGCCUUAUGUACUUUGCCAAGAUGGACCAAGCAUGCCACAUUGCAGUAGUUUUAUUUGUCGUUGUUUUAGGUAAGACUUUGGCCCAGGAUGGCACAACUCAGUUUGGCACAGCAAAGAAAUGCUAUCAAGACGAUGGAAGACCCUCACGGUGCAUGCCAGAAUUCGUGAAUGCAGCGUUUGAGAAAGACAUUUAUGCGAACAAUACUUGUGGGGUGAAAAAGGCCAGUCAUUAUUGUGUUCAAAGUGGUCGCAUUGGACUUCAGAGGGCCUGUGAGAGCUGCGAUAGUCGUAACAAAACUCUCGAACAUCCAGCUCGAUAUAUAAAUGACAAUGUUAAAGAAAUGGUCACCUGGUGGCAAAGUGAUACACUUUUCGAUAACAAGUACCCUGUUAGGAUUAUUCUAGACCUGGGCAAAACUUUUGAUAUAACAUACGUACGGAUGACUUUUCACUCGCCUAGACCUCAAUCUUUUGCCAUUUACAAGAGGAGCAGUACUACCAAAGAUGACAAAUGGAUACCGUUUCAGUAUUAUUCACAAUCCUGUAUCAAAACCUAUAGAGUUUCCCCUGAUCAAGUUGUAACAAGAAGAAACCAAAAGGUUGCCUUGUGUUCAGAAAAGUACAGUGGAAUCUCACCCCUCAGUGGGGGAACUGUGGCGUUUUCAACCCUUGAAGAACGGCCUGAACGCUAUGGUUUUGAUAGCAGCCCUGUUCUACAGGAAUGGGUCACCGUUGCCUCCUUGCGAAUCGAUUUAGACAGACUGAAUACUUUCGGAGACGAAGUAUUCGGAGACCCCGAUGUGCUGCGCAGUUACUACUUCGCAAUUUCCAACCUGGUGGUUGGUGGUCGAUGCAAGUGCAAUGGCCAUGCAUCCGAAUGUUUACAUCUAGGAAAGGAAAAGACAAGGCUCAAAUGCAAAUGCGACCAUAAUACUGACGGUGAUGAUUGCGAGAAGUGCCUUCCUCUUUACAAUGAUACUCCUUGGAAGAGAGCAACGCGAUACUCGGCUAAUCCAUGCUCACCUUGCAAUUGCAAUGGCUUGGCACAGUCUUGUGUAUUUGACUUGGAUUUGUACAAAUCAACUGGCCGUGGGGGGAGGUGUAUUAAUUGCAACAACAACACUGAUGGAGUCAACUGUGAAAAGUGCAAACUAUACCACUACAGAAAGUUUACAAACGAGGCAUGCAAACCAUGCAACUGUGACCCCGUCGGCUCCAAGCGUGCUCAGUGUAAUUCUGAUGGACAAUGUGCCUGUAAGCCGGGGGUUUUCGGGAAAAAGUGUGAUACGUGCCGACCAGGAUAUUUCGGUUUCUCGAACGCUGGAUGCAAGCCGUGCAAAUGUUCCAAACAGGGAAGCUUAAGCGAAAAUUGUGAUGCGACAGGAAAGUGCAAAUGCAAAAAGAAUGUUGUUGGACAGAAAUGUGAUCAGUGCAAAGCAGGCCACUUUGAUUUGGAUGCUAAGAACCUGGAUGGGUGCAAGCCGUGCUUUUGCUACGGACAUGGAAUCUCUUGUCAGGCGAGGCCAGGGUACCAAAAGGCUGUCAUCAUGAGUGAUUUCGAGAAUGGUCUUGAGGGCUGGAGAGUGGAAACAUAUGCUGGAGUCGAUUAUCAGUCGAGUGCUGGGCUCGAUACCCGCGGCAAAUACGUACGCGUGAAUGCGCCAGCUACUGGAGAAGUCCUGUACCUCGUUGCUCCCAAGAGGUAUCUUGGUGAUCGCCUUAGCAGUUAUGGUAGAAACUUCUCCUUUCUAUUUGGUGUAACUGAAGUCCAAAGGGGUUGGAAUAACACGCAAAAGGAUUUCAUUCUGGAAGGAGCCGGUCUAAAAGCAGAGUACCCUAUAAAUGUUGGGAGUAACGGUGAGCCACAAACACGAUUUGAAUCCUUCACGUUUACUCUAAAAGAACCUAAAAGUAUGAGCCCAUUCGAGUUCCAAAAGCUGCUGAACAGAUUGACUGCAAUCAAGAUUAGAAUGACUUUUGGCAGAGCAACUGGUGUAAUUAGAAGCAUCGGCAUGGAUACAACUACACAAGCAUCGAUCAACUCUUUGGAGCAAGUCAAUUGGGAAGAAAUUUGCAAAUGCAAGGAGGGCUACACUGGUGUCCAGUGUGAGAAAUGUGACAGUGGGUACACCAGGGAAAGCAGCAAGGACGGGAAAUAUGGCAAGUGCGUGCUGUGCAACUGCAACAACCACGCCAAAGAAUGUCACCCGGAAACUGGUGAGUGCAAGUGCCAAGAUAACACAACUGGCAAGAAUUGUGAGAAAUGCAAGCCUGGUUUCUAUGGAUACGCAACAAACGGUCAAAAGGAUGACUGCAAGCCGUGUCCUUGUGUCUUCGGGAGUCAGUGCAUAUACUUGGCAGGACGAGUGCAUUGCACAGACUGUCCGGAAGGCCACGAAGGCGAUCGCUGCGAAAGAUGCAAAGAUGGCUUCUUUGGCGACCCUGAAGGGAAGGUUGGCCCAAAAACAGGAUGUAAGCCAUGCAACUGCAGUGGAAAUAUCGACAAAAAUGCUCUUGGAAACUGUGACAGGACCACUGGAGAGUGCUUGAAAUGUAUCUACAAUACAAAGAAUGGGCCAAUGGGCAAGUGUGAGAUGUGCAAGACAGGAUACUAUGGGGAUGCUUUAGCUUUGCCCAAAGGGCAGUGCAAACCUUGCAACUGUUUUGUGAAUGGAACUGUUUGGCCUCCAGGCCUUGUCCCUACGAAGGACCUUCUUCCAUGUGACAAAAACGGACAGUGUCAAUGUCGUGACAAUGUAAUUGGAAAGAACUGUAGUCAGUGCCCACCCAAAUACUGGAACGUAGCUGCUGGGAAAGGGUGCAUUAAAUGCAAAUGCAAUCCAGUGGGAUCAGUUGACGACUUUUGCAGUUUGGAUAGUGGUCAGUGUAACUGCAAAGAAGGCGUUGCUGGGAGGCAGUGCAACCAAUGUGCUCCGGGACACUACAGCUUCACAAAGGCUGGUUGCACAGCUUGCAACUGCAACAAGUUUGGUUCAGUGAAUGAGAACUGCACAGACCUUGGUGUUUGCUAUUGCAGACCAGGAGUGCUUGGUGUCAAAUGCGAUCAGUGUCCAGAAAAUAAAUACAAUUUGUCUGUUGGAUGCAUAUCAUGUCCACAGUGUUACUUCCUUGUGCAAAGAAAGGUCCAUGAACUGAGGCAAAAGCUAAUACGAUUAAAGGCUUCAGUAGGAGAAGCAAAAUUGCCGCAGAACUUUACGAUCAAAAACAAAAACUUUUCAGUUGCAUUAGGAAGAAUUGAGUCGGAGGCAAACGAAAUUUCAAACAAAAUCAAGGAACUUCAACUUGAAGAAAAAGACUUGAAGACUUUUUUCCAGAAGCUAAUGGACGAUUUCAAUGGUUUGAAAAGAAAUCUACGAAAACUGGAAGCUGCCCUAAAUAUGGCUUUCAACAGUUCGAUAAUGGCAAAAAUGGAUAUAGGAGACGCUGAGGACAUGAUAGAACAAAUAAAGAAGCUUCUUGAUGGAGCCAAGUACGACUUAGAUGUCAAUGGUAAAAGGGCCUAUAACGAAGCGAGGAAGUUGGCAAAGGAUAUUUCAGAUCUGGCGAAAAGGAUGAAGAACAUUGCAGCAGAGGCCAAAAAACUAGCUGAUCAGCACGAGGAACAGUCAAGGAAAAUCGAAAUGACUGCAACUAUGGCACUCAAUAUGUCGAAAACUGCUUACCAAACGGGCAAGAAGGCAAGGCAUACUCAGGAAGGUAUGUUUGCUAGUUUGUCGGAAAUGACUGCCAGUGCCGAAGAGGCAAUGAAGCUGGCUAACGAAACAUCACAGAAAGUCCAAGUGGCCAUGGACGUCACUAAAAGAACACUGGAAGAUGCUCAAAAGGUCUUGGAUGAAGCAACCAAGCCAAUUGUCGAUUCAGGGAUCGCACUGAUUCGAGAAAAAGUGAAAAACCUGACGUCACAUGCGAUGGAGAUAUCCAACAAGUCAAUGAUGGCACUUCAGGAUAAUAAAGUUCUUCUGGAUGAAUAUCAUGCAAAUGAGAAGGAAGCGAGAGAGCUCAUGAGAACGGGUCGUGAAGAGUAUGCAGUUGCAGACAAGACAUUUGAGAAGGCAACCAAUGCAUACGAAACAGCGAAAAAAGCCAAAAAAGAUGCUGAUAAUACCGCUAAAGAGGCAAUAGAAACACUGCGAUUGCUCACGGGAUUUAACGAAGAGAUCGAGAAAUCAAAAAAGAAUUUCACCGAUCGAAAGCAGUUGAUACCAAUCAUAAAGGAACUUAUCAAGUCUGCAAUUGAUUCUGGAACCCGUGGACAAAGCCUAGUUGAAAUGGCCGCUAAUGCGAUGGAUGAGUCUCGCUCUGUUUUGACUGGUGCCAUGAAAACCAUCAAUGGUACUACAGAGACCUUGGAAACGAUAAAUGGUAAAGCGACGAACAGUUCUGAUGAGUUUGAAAAGCUGAAAAAGGAGGUUGAUGAGACAAUUAAAGAUAUGAAUGCGUCUGCCGUCCUUUUGGAAAGCUACAAAAAAAUGGCUGAAAACGAUUCAGUUGCUGUGAAAAAUGCAAUGGAUGAAGCAAAACAAGCACAGGUCGAUGCCAAAAAAGCCGAAGGAGAUCUAAUGAAAGCAUUAGAUGAUGUGGAAAAACUUAUUGCUGAUCUUGGGAAUCUUGGUAGCAUCGAUUUGGCGAAAUUGGAAGCAGCGGAAAAACGAUUCGCAAGUGUUAGUAGAGUGAUUCAGGGCACAUUGGAUGUUGAGGUAGAAAAGCUAAAGAAGGCCUCUGAGUCGCAGCUAAACACAAUCACACAGUACGAGUUGGAUUUAGGCCCAUUGAAAAAAGAAAUCGACCAUGUAGAGGCCAUUUACAAGGCUUUCCCAAGGAAAUGUCUAAAGAAUCCCACUGCUAUUGAAGCUGGCUAACGUCUUUUUAUCGGAUUUUUAAUUUUGUUUUGUUGUAGAACUAUUUAAUGGCUGGAAAACACUUAUUAGAAACUGUUAUCAAUGGCAAAGUGCAAUUUUAGAAAUCAACGCAUGAUGUACUAAUCUCGUAACCGUAUAAUAUAUUCUAAAACCUAAAAACGAGGCUCAGUUUAUAGAUUACUGCAAAAUGGCUGCUUAAAAAUAUUCCACCUGUAUUUAAGUCCAAUUAAGUAUACAUCUUUUUAAAUGUUUUCAAGGACAACUUUCCUUCCUAUGCUAGACUUUCCACCUAAUGACCGGCAAGGAAAAACAGCCAAGUGUAUGAAAAGAAUAUUUGUCACCUUGACAUCAAUGCUUUGGGCGAUUCCUCGUCCUUCGUGUAUUGUUGCACACUUAGUAAGUUGAUUUUUGAAUAUCCUAGAUGCUAUGGUGUUUUUUCGCAUCGAAUUUCGUGUUCCUAAAGAUCUGUUAUCAAAAUAAUUCAUCGCUUUACAAGUGUUGCUAAUUAGCUGGAUUAUUCUUACGUUCACGAAGGGUGAAAAAUUAUAAUUAAAGCCAUCUUAACUGAGGCUUCUCGACUUUGUGGCCAUUAAAAUUUGUGGCCAGAAAGCAGUGACUAUUCAGAAAGGCAAUACAGACAUGACGAGUGUCUGUGAUGAGAGUAUUGAUUGAAGGUCACUCUUUAUGCUUAGGUUUUUUACACUGAACUGUACUGAAGGCGAAUUGAUUCACUGCUGUGAUUUUGAUGUCUUGAUUCUAGUGCGCGUGGCGAUUUUCUAGCAAGUUACUCUUUCAGUUUGGAAGGCAAAACCCCGAUUAGUAAUUACGCGCUUUUAGUGUUAACAUAUGUGAAAAUAUAUAAAUAUAUAAUUUUAUCUAGCUGCUUGUAUUGGGUAGCUUUUCUUAGAAUCUUAUCUUAACCUGUUAAAUUUUUAUGACAUAUUAACGUUUUGACUUUGUUUGUUUUAUAUAAACAUUCUAAUUAAAAUA